CUGGCUGAGUUAUCAACUACGAAGCUCCUCUCCGUCCCUCUCUGUGUCUCUCCUCCCAAUCCCUCUCUCUUCCAUUUCGAAAGCUCUGAAUCGCUUCCAUGGCGUCCGUGCUUAAUACAGUUCCUUCCAUAAAAUUAUCCAACAUCGGAACUUGUAGAGUUCGAAAUAAUCGGCCUGCUUUAACUCCAUUUUCGGUUUCGUUUACCAGGCGCAGACUUACAAUUAGGGCAACGGAGACUGAUACGAAUGAAGCAGUGAAAUCUCAGGCACCAGAUAAGGCGCCGGCUAGUAAUGGUUCGAACUUCAACCAGCUUCUGGGCAUUAAAGGAGCUGCGCAAGAAACUAAUAAAUGGAAGAUCCGUCUUCAGCUUACAAAGCCUGUAACUUGGCCUCCAUUAGUUUGGGGAGUAGUCUGUGGAGCUGCUGCUUCUGGAAAUUUUCAUUGGAAUUUCGAGGAUGUUGCCAAAUCUAUUGUUUGCAUGUUGAUGUCUGGUCCAUUUCUCACUGGUUAUACACAGACAAUUAACGAUUGGUAUGACAGAGAGAUUGAUGCGAUUAAUGAGCCUUAUCGUCCAAUUCCUUCGGGAGCAAUAUCUGAGAAUGAGGUUAUUACCCAAAUCUGGGUGCUGCUGUUAGGAGGCCUCGCCUUGGCUGGUUUGUUAGAUGUGUGGGCAGGACAUGACUUCCCUACAGUUUUUUACCUAGCUGUGGGUGGGUCCCUAUUGUCAUACAUAUACUCUGCUCCACCUUUAAAGCUGAAACAAAAUGGAUGGAUUGGAAAUUUUGCCCUUGGAGCUAGUUAUAUAAGUUUGCCAUGGUGGGCUGGUCAGGCUCUAUUUGGGACCCUUACGCCUGACAUAAUCGUUCUCACACUCUUGUACAGUAUAGCUGGGCUCGGUAUUGCCAUUGUUAAUGACUUUAAAAGUGUUGAAGGAGAUAGAGCACUGGGACUUCAGUCACUCCCUGUAGCUUUUGGCAUGGAAACAGCCAAAUGGAUUUGUGUUGGUGCUAUUGACAUAACUCAGAUAUCUGUAGCUGGUUACCUGCUAGGGGCUGGUAAACCAUAUUAUGCCUUAGCUCUUCUGGCCUUAAUAAUUCCACAGGUCUUUUUUCAGUUCAAGUACUUUCUCAAAGAUCCUGUUAAAUAUGAUGUCAAAUAUCAGGCCAGCGCACAGCCAUUUCUUAUACUUGGUCUUUUGGUGACUGCCCUAGCAACCAGCCACUGAUAUUCAAAGCUGCAGAUUAGUAAACGGAAAUUGAGAGGGUAUACAUGACAAGUUCAGGGUGGAAAGAACAGAGAGCUGCUAAGGUGGUCUCUCUGCUUAGGUCGAUUAGGGGGGAAAAAGUGAAACUCCAGCGUACAUGUGGAAGUGUUUAAAUUGUGCCAAAUUUUGUUGUUUACACAAUUAGGACCGAGUGUUUUAAUUUUUGUUUUCUCCUUUUUGUGUUGUUAGUCUGGAUUCCUAAUUGAAGUUUAUGUUGUUGUAAUGUUAAUAGCUUUGGGCUUUUGAUGGUUC